UUCUAAGUACAUGCACGUUUUCCUAUACAUUAGAAGAAUCAAUUUUUUAAGUAAGGUAUUGCUCAACGUAUGUCGUUUGUCGUUUGGCUAAUCGAAGUUUACCUUUUAUUUAUUGGCAUUUAUUGGUACACGCCGCUUCAUAUAAAUUAUUAACGAUAUGUGCAGAUUAAGCACUCGUCCAUAGAAAAAGAACAGUUAUUGACAUGUUCAUGCAUAAUUCAGUCAUAUUAUUAACGGCACUAAUUGUAUUCAUUACUUCAUCGGCAUCAUGGUUAUUGACUAGAAUUGGCUUAAAUGAACCUUAUCGUGUCUUGCACAUAUCGACAAACAAUAAUAAUCAUGUGUACCUUAGCAUUGAAACGAAAAGUAAAAUAUUUCCAACACUUAUUGAAACCGAAUGGCCAACGACAUGUAUACGAUUUCCUAUUCCCAAAGUGUUUCCCCAUCGUUCAUUCCAUAAUACCAAUCAUCAGAGGAAUUGCCGUCUAAUACAACAAGCGCGAUGGUCACAGAUGGAUAAUUUUCAACGCUUAUGGGUUUUGGACUUUGAUUGGUCAGCUAAGCAAAAUAAUUGUCUUCCGAAAUUAUUGGCUUUUGAUUUCAUACGUCACGGCAUGGAAGUGUUACGGAUUGAUUGUCAAAAAUUUAUGAAAAUAACACCUGAGCAAUUAUUGGAUAUUAAAUUGGGACCGGCUAUGGGUAAACGUGGUAUGGAACAAUUCAUUUAUUUUAUUCUAGCUAACGAUUCACAUUUAAUGGCUUAUGAUAUUUUCGAGCAAAAAUGGUUUCGAUAUCCAUUGCUGAGUAAGAAAUAUGAAGAUAUCGCUGUCAGCUUACCAGUUAAACCGCGAAAUGUUGCUUUCAAUCAUCAAAAGGAAAUUUUAAUCGCUGAUGAAGACGGUAAACUGUAUAUUAGCAAUUCGUCGAAAAUCGUUAAUGCUGGCUUACAACUGAAACUGCUUGGCAGCUUAUUAGGAUCCGCUGAAAGUUUGCUAGUCGACCGGAAUGAUAUGUUUUAUACUAUAUCAGCAUUUGGCGCUGUAAUACGUUGCCCCCGCAAACAUAAUAUCACUGCCGAAGAUAAUGAAAUAAUACACUUAACAACUCGAAAUAUAAAGCAAUUGUUUUUCCGCACUAGAGGUUCACUAUUCUUCCUAAUCGAUCAUUGGCAAGAAGAUUAACUCCGGAAUCCGGAAUAUAUUCAAAUUUUUGAGUUAUAAUUCAUUUAUUAACUAUCGUCUCUUCAGUACAUUUCGGGUUUCGAAAUUUUUACAUUAUUUUGCAAUAAAUUCGUUAAAUUUAAUUUAAAAAAAAAAAAA